AUGUCAGUUGAGGAUAUGUUUUCUCAAAUGUUGGCUGAUUUAGCCACAAGAGAACUUCUCCAUUACAGAGCAAACUGGGAAUCUGUAGCUGGUCAGCUAACCAACAUUUUUGAUAGUGACAUCUAUAAGCAGCUGGUGCAGCAGAGCCUUUUUUCUAAUUCUAACAAUAUUGCCAUUGGGUUUUAUACCAACAGAUAUACUAACAAAUAUCUUUUGCAACUGGCAAUCUUGCUUGGUCUCAAGAAGCCAACUCAUUUGGACUCCUUUCUUAUAUCCAUUAUUAAUGAAUUGCAAGCUGAUAUGGCUCACAUUGGUUCCCAUACAAGCUUAUUUGGUUGUCAUUUUUGUGAGACAAAAGGCAAAUGCCCUGCUAACAGACAGCACGACAUGUACUUUGAUAAUAUUUCUGCUCUGUUAAGAUCUUUGGAAGACUUCAAAGUAGGCAACUCUUCUAAGAACAUAUACCAGCUGAGCUUAUAUACCCAACUCUCAACCUUCUCUGGAUCAUCAUUUUUUGUAUUAGAUGAACUUUAUUUAAUUGCAAGAGGAAUUGAAAAGCUUGUAGCAGACCUUGUAGCAAUUAGAAACUGUAUCACCAGCUCAGAAAAAUAUGUACCCAUCUCGUCUCUAGACAGUUUUGUCAAUGUAUUUGUCAAGAUCGAUAGUACUUGCACAGUUGACUGGCUUGACUUUCUCUUAUACCUUGUCUCCACUUUGGUCACAUUGACACCAGAAUUGCUUGAGAAGAUGGAGUCUGCAAAAUUACCUGGUUCAUAUACCCUAUAUCAUCAAGCAGCAAGGCCUUCUGCAAUGCUACUUCACUCGCUCAAUGAAGAAAGUAAUUGGCGUCUUCUCAAAAUUGAUAAAUUGUGGGGGCCAUUUCAUCAGUUUGUUAAUUUGAACAAUGAUUUGAUGGAAGGUGUAGGUGGCCCUAGUGUGAAGGAAGCUUUAUUGAAAUACUACUGGAGAACAACUGGCUUGACUGGUCACAAUUUUUGUGACUCUGUUGUUAUUGUAGCUGCACGUCUGUGGAUGAACUCGACUAUAUAUUCCUCAUACAUGUACCAAAGAAAGAGAAACGAGAUCAGCCGUGGCAACUAUUACGUGAUGUUUACUUGCCUCUAUAGAAACAACCUUAAUGUCAUGAAGGAACAUGACGCAGCUGGCCGUGACUUAUCAGUACCUAUUGUCAAACAAUGCUCACAAAGCAUCUACAUACCAGGCCACCAAACGCAACCAACUUAUGCUGUUAUAAGUGUAAAUGACAUUUGUCAUCAAGUUUGUCUGGUCCAAUACCUACCAAAUUGA